UUGCGGCUCACGUGACUGUUCCGAGGUGCCGCGGUGGGCUGGGCUGUCCGGAGCCGGGCGAGCGACUUACGCAAGGCUGGGGCUCUGAGGCCUACGAGGGGCAGGACGACGACGACGCGGAGCGGCUGCUGCACCCGCGCCUCUCGGCCGCAGGGCGAGUUCGGAGCACAGGCGUGGGAUGCCGAACGCAGCCAUGAAGAAGAAGGUGCUGCUGAUGGGGAAAAGCGGGUCCGGCAAGACGAGCAUGCGAUCCAUCAUCUUCGCCAACUACAUUGCGCGGGACACGCGGCGCCUCGGCGCUACAAUCGAUGUGGAGCAUUCACAUGUUCGAUUUCUGGGCAACCUGGUAUUGAACUUAUGGGACUGUGGCGGCCAGGACACCUUCAUGGAGAACUACUUCACCAGUCAGCGGGACAACAUCUUCCGCAACGUGGAGGUCCUCAUUUACGUCUUUGACGUGGAAAGCAGAGAGCUGGAGAAAGACAUGCACUACUAUCAGUCCUGCCUGGAGGCCAUUCUCCAGAAUUCGCCCGAUGCCAAGAUUUUCUGUCUUGUUCACAAAAUGGAUUUAGUACAGGAGGACCAACGUGACCUGAUUUUCAAGGAACGGGAAGAGGAUUUAAAGCGGCUAUCCCGCCCAUUGGAGUGUGCUUGCUUCAGGACGUCCAUCUGGGAUGAGACUCUCUACAAGGCUUGGUCCAGCAUAGUCUACCAGCUGAUUCCCAAUGUCCAGCAGCUGGAAACAAACCUCAGGAAUUUUGCUCAGAUCAUCGAAGCUGAUGAAGUUCUUCUGUUUGAAAGAGCCACGUUUUUGGUCAUUUCGCACUAUCAGUGUAAAGAGCAGCGCGACAUCCACCGGUUCGAGAAAAUCAGCAACAUUAUUAAGCAAUUCAAGCUGAGCUGCAGUAAGUUGGCUGCGUCUUUCCAGAGCAUGGAAGUGAGGAACUCCAACUUCGCUGCCUUCAUUGACAUCUUUACAUCGAACACUUACGUGAUGGUUGUCAUGUCAGACCCCUCCAUCCCUUCUGCGGCGACACUGAUAAACAUCCGGAAUGCCAGGAAACACUUUGAGAAGCUGGAGAGGGUGGAUGGGCCAAAGCAUAGCCUGCUUGUGCGCUGAGCCAUCUCCAGGUGUGGUGGCGGACGGGCCCUUUUUCUCAGAGACUCAACCAUGGUGGGUGUUUUGUGGGCUUUGAAAUGCGUGCGCUGCUUUCCGCUGCUCUCUUGUUCUUCCCAUGUCGGAUGCUGGUCUCCCAGGCGGUGUUGGGCACACGGAGGACCUCCUGGACCCGCUGCUGCCACUGGAGUGGUGGGGAGGGUCCGAAUGUCACGGACAACCUAACCCUUUCCUAGUUUCCCGUUCUGUUCCAAUGACAGUGAACUACAAAGUUGGGAUACUUGCUGUUUUAUCAACAAGUUGCUAGAGUACAUUUAUAAACCUUCUUGUCUUCAAUCAUGACAAUAAAUUUUGUUACUGGGGA